AUUUCGCCACCGUUUGACCCCCAGCUCGGGGCGCAGGGAGGGCGGGGGAGUGAUUCUCCACGAAGGGGACGGCUCUCGUGGUGGGUGGCGUGAAUGAUCAGCGCCAGAGUUCUAGGUCUUUAGGACAUCAUUAUAAUAACGAAUGGAUAUUUGCGAACUCCCUCUGCGUCAGUGCCCGGUAGGGAAGAUAAUUAUCUCCCCAAAAAAGAAAGAAAGAAAAGAGUCCGACUCUUGUGGCACCCUAAAGACUUCGCAGCUGUAUUAUGGCAUAAACUUCCGCCAGCAAUAAAUCUGCUUGUCCUGAAGAUGUCACUGGAUUCUUUGUCUGCAGAACCUGAUUGAUACGGGUUUCCUGGAAUUCAUCUCCUCAGAGGUGACCCAGAGGUUUCCCGUCUCCCCCGCCUGGCGGUCUCGGUACGCUCUCUCACUACGGAUCAAUAAUCUUCACGCUAGAAGGCAGGCGGAAGACUAUUCCCAGCAAUAGCUCAGAGUCCUGGGGACCACCGAAACCAACCCAACAAGCUAAGCGGCCUCACACCUGUUUCUAGCAAUCAGCACACGCCUGAAUAUUGACAGCAGGCUUGCAAUGCACGCGCACACAUUUCCCCUUUAAUGAAGUGGGCUCUGUUGCACGGAACGUAUGCCUAUUAGUCUUUAAGGUGUCACAAGGGUAGGAUUUGGGUUUGUUUUGUUGCUGAAACAGCUGAACACAACUAUCCCUGGAUUUCCCCCCCUCCCCCACUUCCUACUAGUUUUGCAUUUAGAGGAAAGGGAAGCGUCCUUACUUAAUAUUCCGUACUCUAAAUUCCUUAUCUAAGUCACUUAAUUUGUGAGAGAGAGAAAGAGUUAUCCAGUCAUCCAAAAACUUAGUUUAAGUGAGAGGAGAUGCUUUUCACUCAUGCUCUGAAAAGCUUGGCAAUUGAGGAGCCUAUCUUAACUUUUGUGCCAUACUGCCCAGAAGCAGUAUGGAUCAGGGAGCAAUUGGGGGGGGGGGCGGUGGGAUUUUUUUCUGUGUUUACCUUGUUUUGCAGUCUUUUCUAGACCACCAUUUCCCUAACCCUCUGUUUGCCAUUGCUUUCAAUGGCUCUCCAACCACAAAUUCGCCAACCGGAAGGGUUUCCCAGAAUGGAGGGAUGACUGUACUCAUUAUAUUGCUGAUAUGUAAGUCAUAAAGUUGUAUUUGUGCUCCUGGUUCAUACAGCUGUGCUAUAACGUGAUCAUUUCAAAUAUUUCUUGAGAAGUGCAGAAGUAUAAAUUAAGCAUAGACAGAUUAGAAGUUUAAGACUGAGCCCCCAAAUUGGUCUCUUAUCAGACAAUAAAUGACAGAGCAGAACAAACUGAGAUUGUCUCAUGCUAAAAAGAGCCACUCAAAAAUUUUUAAGAUUCAAACCUACCACUGAGUGCAUUGGUCCAAAAUAAGCAUAGAACAGGACUUGCAGUAUAAUGAAGUGUCCUGUGACUGCAUCUGUAUUAUACCUAUCGCAAAUUAAUCCACACAUCUUGGAUUAACUCCAAUUGGAUUAAUGUCAAGGAACAUUUUGCUUUCAAAUAAUCCAACAGUCCUGUGAGUAAAGAAUCCAACAGUCCUGUUGAGGGUAUAGAGAUAAGAAAGUACUAUAAUUCAUCUUAAGAACCUUUAUCUUUCCUGCUACAUUUUGCUGGGGGAGACAUGUUACUGCUACCCAAUCACAGCUAUGCCAAAAUCUUUGUUUUCGAUGGGCAGUUUUUAUUUCUGCCAUGGGGGAGGAACCAAAGAGUCUACAGGAACUAUAAGUCGGCAGAUAAUGUGUGUGCUUUAGCAGUUAAGUCUGUGGUUAAAAGUAGUUGACAAAUAAAACACUGUUGUGUCAGUUUAAAAAUAUACAUGAAAAUAGAGCAGGCCUGCACAGUAUAAGGCCCAGUGGCCGGAUCUGGACCAUGGAGACUUUUUGCUAAACCUGCCCCCCUCCCCCCCCCCCCACCCAUAAGAAUAUCUGCAGCAACAGCAGGAGCCAUGAGCUCUUGGCCUGACAAGCAGCAGCAGCUCAGUGCAAUUGGUCGCUCAAGAUCAGAUGAGAUGUGUGUGGCAGUGAUGGGCCAAUGAAUUAGAGAGCCAGUUGCUGCUGCUGCUUGAGCAGUUUGGAAUGGCAGUGGCAGCAGUAUCAGAAAGGCAGUGGCACAGGCAAAGUGCACCCCAAAAAAGCAGAGGAUGCACUUCCAGUCAGUUCCCUCUUCUUUGAAGGGGGCCACCCUCUCUGGAAACUGCCUUACACCACCAUCCUAUGCAAGUCUACUUGGGAAUACGUCCCAUGGUGUACCCAAUAAGGUUUACUCCCAAGUAAGCAUGCCGCCUAGGAUGGCAGCCUGAAAAUAAUAGCAACGUAGGGAGAGGAGAGAAUUUGGCAUUUGCUUGGGGCUGGCAUGCACUCGAGGUGCCCCACUGACUGAGCAGGGACAUGGCCUAUUUUCUGGCCACUAUUCUUGCUUAAAACUGCGGGUCCCUGGAGGCGGGCAGGAAUAUCCACAAGUACCAAUAAGGGCUUUCAUUAAAAUUGUUAAUUAGUUCUAAUAAAAUAAUGCACUGAAAAUUGAUUUCGGACCUGUGUACUAAGUCAUGGUUGGUUCUGGCACACCGGGGCGUUGGAGUUGUACACCCCUGAAAGAGAGGAAGGUAGGGAGAGAGAGAAUUGAUCUGUUUAAGCCCCUACUGGUUUAUAGGAAGUAACAUAGAGUGAAGCAUUAGGCCUGGAUAAAAUGUGCCAUGUGUUUAAAAAAACCAACCUUCCCUCCUUGUUCUAGGCGUAGUUGUUUCAGGAGGAAGGAAAGGGGAAAAAGCGUUUUGCUUUCUCAUGCUUCAGAGCUAUCACUUUCCAUAUCGGCUAUGUAGCAGUAAAAUGCUCAGGUCUGGGAGUGACAGCCAGUUCCAGACCUGAUUCACUAGCCUGCUAUAGCACAGUAGGGGAAGGCUCAAGGGAGUCAGGAAAAAAACGAUCCUUUCCCCAUUUCCCUUUCUAAAACUCUCUUCCCUGAUGAAGCCUGAAUAGCAUUACAGGGCUCCUACUUCAGACUGCCUGAAGCCCGGAGUGGGAACUAUUAUCAUGCUUGCUCAGACCCAUGUCUCUUAUAUAAACACCUGUGGACUUGGUUGUGUGUCUGGGGCUAGAUAUAGUUUCUGGGGGAAUUGCUCUUAAAGUGAGAGAACUUUUUGGAUGCUGCAACCAACUUUGACCAGCCAGAAAAGCAGGCAGCUACCCCCCUGGUACAAGGUGCCCAGAGUGGUACCAAAGCAGCAGGCAUACAUAACUAUGAAACACGUCUGGACAGUGAAGCACCACUAGGGCAGCAAACAGUCAAUGGGCUUUCAAAAGAAAAGCUGAGUUUUAUUGAAAGAGAACACAAUAAUUAGAGGUUGAGUGAGAUCAGGUUUAAAGGACAUACAGAGGGAAUGACUGGAGCCAUGCUGCUUGUAAGAAAAGUGAAAGUAGAAAUGAGUGAGAACAGGGAUGGGGGGGGGGAGAGAACAGUUUAUACCUCACCUGGUCUGUAAGAAAACUAAAAAAGUGAGGGAUGGAUAUGGAACUGGAGAUCCGGCCUUCACACUUUACUCAAAACCUUCACUGGGAGAAGUGCGUCUGAGGCUGCUGGGCUGGCACUUCUUCCAAAAAGGUCCAAACCAAAACAUAUGGAUGCUAGGCUGACACUAAGUUCCAAGCUGGCCUUGUGCAUGUAUGGUAUGUGUCACAAGCCAGGAUCAGACAGGAGGCAAGGAGGAAUCACAAAGGCUGGAGCUCUGCUGGGAGUCUGAGGGCAGUCUUGGGCAGAGCCUCACCAUCAACAUAAGAACAGCCCUGCUGGAUCAGGUCCAAGGGCCAUCUAGUCCAGCAGCCUGUUUCUCACAGUGGCCCACCAGAUGCCGCUGGAAGCCACUGUUACUCCCCUGCGACAGGUACUCAGAGGCAUCCUGCCUUUGAGGCUGGAGGUGGCUUUUAGUCCUCCAACUAGUAGCCGUUGAAAGACCUCUCCUCCAUAAAGUUAUCCAAACCCUUCUUAAAGCCAUCCAGGUUGUUGGCUGUCACCACAUCUCAUGGCAGAGAAUUCCACAAGUUGAUUAUGAAUUGUGUGAAAAACUACUUCUGUUUGUUGGUCCUAGAUUUCCUGGCAAUCAAUUUCAUGGGAUGACCCCUGGUUCUAGUGUUAUGUGAGAGGCAGAAGAAUUUAUCUCUAUCCACUUUCUCCACACCAUGCAUGAUUUUAUAGACCUCUAUCAUGUCUUCCUGCAGUCUUUAUUCUAAACUAAAAAGCCCCAGAUGUUGUAGCCUUGCCUCAUAAGGAAGGUGCUCUAGGCCCCUCAUCAUCUUGGUUGCCCUCUUCUGCACCUUCUCCAGUUCUACAAUGUCCUUUUUAAGAUGUGGUGACUAGAAUUGUAUUCAGUACUCCAGGUGUGGCCGGACCAUAGUUUUGUAUAAGGGCAUUAUAAUAUUAGCCAUUUUAUUUUCAGUCCCCUUCCUAAUGAUGUCUAGCAUGGAACUGGUCUUUUUCAGAGCUGCCACAAAUUAAGUCGACACUUUCAACGAGCUGUCCACCACAAUCCCAAGAUCCCUCUCCUGGUCAGUCACCGUCAGCUCAGCAUCAGCGUAUACUUGAAGUUGGGGGUUUUCGUCCCAAUGUGCAUCACUUUACACUUGCCAACUUUGAAGCGCAUUUGCCAUUUUGUCGCCCACUCCCCUAGUUUGGAGAGAUCCUUUUGGAGCGCCUCACAAUCGGUUUUGGAUUUCACUACCCAAAAGAGUUUGGUAUCAUUUGCAAAUCUGGCCACUUCGCUGCUUACGCCUACUUCUAGAUCAUUUCUAGAUAAAUUUAAAAGCACCGCUCUCAGUACAGAUCCCUGGGGGACCCUACUUCUUACUUCCCUCCAUUGUGAAAACUCUCUAUUUAGACCUACCCUCUGUUUCCUGUCUUUUAACCAGUUGGCAAUCCACACAUGUACUUGACCCCUUAUCCCAUGCCUGGAUUCAGAGCUGGGUUUGUGCAUGGUGUGUUCCACAAACUGGUUCUGGGGAGCAGGAGAAAACACAAAGGCAGGUGAUUGGCUGGGAGUUUCCAGGACAUGAUUGAGCAGAGUGUCCAUCACAGGGGCGUAGCUAUAAUUAAGCGAAAGGAUUCAAAGAACACGGCCCCCAGCUCCUGAGGGCCCUCCAGCUCCAUCCCUCCCUAUUAUCUUCAUUAUCUCCCUCACUCUGUUGGGCCGCCAGAGAGAGGGAUGAACACGGGCCCCUUCUCUCCUAGCUACACCCCUGGUCCAUCAGCAAUCCCACACAGAGCGGGGGUGGGGGGGUCAAUUAUAGGCAAGGAGAACUUCUGAAUUGGGCUUCCUGAGGAACAAAAGACAGGAGGCAGGGCACACUAAUAAUCUGGUAUUGAGGACUGUGGGUGUGUGGGUAAAUUGGCAUUAUUGGGUAUGAACACAAUGAGCCAGUUGAGGUGAUCACCUGGCUCAUUGUGCGAUAAGGGCAUAGAGACACUGAGAGUGCACUUACCUUAACUUCAUUGCAGGACAUCCUGACCUGUUGUCAGAAAUCCCUUAAUUGCAUGGGAGGGGUGAUCACUCGAAUCACCCCUCUAAAUGUACUACAACAAUUGGAGUUUGGGAGCAUCUGUAGAGGGACAAUUCAGAUGACCGUGCAAUGAUCCAGAUGAUAAUCUGAAUCGGCUCAAUUGCAUUAGCAGGGGGUUGGUUGGUCUAUUUAAACUUUCCUUUUUGUUCCAAGCCCCUGAAUUAGCAGACUAGCAAUUUUAACUUCAUUCAGAAUGCAAGAGCACCAGUUGGGAUUCCCACCUUUCCCAGACUCCAAACCCCUUUCUAUGUGACCACCUUGCUUGCCUGAAAAAGAGGCCAUCCCUUAAAGCACAAGCGCUGGUCUAUAUGACAGUUUGAUUUAGCUGAAAUGGAGACAAAAAUCCAAGUGUCAGGGUGGUAACAUUGCACUCUUAGAAACUGGGAAUACAUUGUCUGUGACAUAUUUCUGCAGGUCCAAUUUGUAAUUCUUCUAAGAGGCAUUACCGCUAACACUGUAAGAGGAAAUGUAACUGUUUAAUAGAACACACUUCAGGAUGCUUCUUGGUUACAUCUCUAGGAAUACAGAAGCUGUACAGUACCUCCCAUGACCUUGCUGCAGACAAAUCAGAACAAACCAUAUUUUUUCAGGCUUCUGUAGCAAAAGCCAAAUCAGAAUCAAGUGUUUUCCAUUGAGUACACAACGUGGAGACCAGUGCAUCUACUGCCUUCUCUACAAAAACAGAAUAUGUCAAAGAGAACCACAAACUCUAAACUUAGCCAAGGGGAGGAAGAUCCCACCAAGGUGGUGAAAGUUGAUUUCAAGAAAGUUGGUCGUCUCGACAUUACUAUUCUUUGUUCCAUAUGCCAAGCAGUAGUACCCAUUAGCCAACUCUAUCAUCAUAGAAAAGCCCAUCAAGCUCAAGCAGAACUGGAUUAUAAGAGACCAUGGGUGGAGACAAUAUAUAUUAAAAAAAUAGCCCUUCAGCGACGGCAACUAAUUUCAAGAAUGAGAAAGACUUCUAUGUAUACUGAAAGAGCGAGAGAGAAGAUUGAUUGUUCACUUGAAUUCCUUCUGGAAAGCCUUAAGUUUGCUCCGUAUUUUUGCAUCAAUAGCUUUGCUCAAAGUUCUGUGCAUGUUGAAGAAGUGAACAGCCCUUUGAUUAAAGCCAUAGCAAUUUGCCAAGAUAAAAAUGCUGCUUGGCACACAGACUUGGAAGAUGUAUGGGUUGUGUUAGACAAUUAUGGAAACAAGACAGGAACAUGCUUUCUUGGACUCUUUGAUGGAAGCAAUGGAGUUUCUGCUGCAGAUACAACUUCAGCUGAACUUCCCAUUUUAUUUCUUGAGCAGCUUUCUCGAGGAGAUCCCUCCUACCAAGUGAGUGAGGUGGAACAACAACUGUUAAAUUCAUUUUGCACCAUAUUUAGGGCGGAUUAUAGACUGAGAGAGAAAAUUUUCACUAACAAGAGACUCAAAGGCAAAACAAUUCCACCAAACAAUUAUGAAUGGAUUCACAGAGCAUAUGCCAAGGCUUUUUGGAGAAUGGACAGGCUUUUGCGACUUGGAAGAAACGAAGUUUCCAGGGUUUGCUGGAGCAGCUGUACAGCUGCCACCUGUUUAGUGGAAACGAUAAGCAACGAAAAGCAAAAACAAAAUGAUCAAGAAAGGGAGGGAAUGUGUGAAAGGAUAAACAAUGAAAAGAAGCAGAUCACACAGCGUGAAGAGCAACAGCCUGAAAGGAUAAGGAUAAGUACUGAAAAGGAAAAGAACUUCAUAAAACAAGAGGUGGCUCCAACUGUAAGUAACCAAGGGACAGAGAGCAUCAAGGGGCAGCAGCAGGAAGAGAAAGAGCUGCCUGAAAUGAUAAAUAAGGAAGCGAGUGUCUCAGAACCAGGAGAGCUGCUUGCAAGUAAUAAAGACAGGAUCGAGGAAAAGAAUGUCCUUGAAAACAAUCACAGCUCUGAGCAGCCUGAUGAAAGUAGUGUUGGAAUAAUGCAUAUAGCUAAUAUUGGUAACGUUCAUGCAGUUUUAUGCAAAAAUGGGGAAAGCUAUUGGCUUACUAAAGAACACACUACUUACUGUACAGAAGAAAAGAUCCGUGUUUUGCAGAAUGGUGGAUAUAUCAGCAGUAAUGAACCCAAAGGACUUAUAGAAGGACUUAUCAGAACUACCCGUGGCCUUGGCCAUCAUGGAAAUCCAGCACUGAAAAAGACUGUCAUUCCUGUUCCACAUACAGUUUCCUUCCCUGUUGAUGACUCAUGUCAGUUUCUCAUUUUAGCUUCUAAUGGACUUUGGGAGGCGCUGGAUAAAAGUGAAGUAGUGGCACUAACAUUAAUUAUGUUCUCUGCUUAUUUGGAAAAGUAUCAACAUGCCCAGCUACAGAAGAGCUGCAUGCCAAAAACGUCAGCUACAGGUGAUGCAGAAGAGGACUUCUAUUUAUGGUAUUUGAAUAAUGAACUUUUUUUUACAGAUGUAGAAGAUAAUCAGAAUAAUGCCAAUUUAGAGCCACCAGUAAAAAGCAGCUCAGAAAAUGAAGAGAGUGCUCAGCUAGACUCGUUGAGGGAAAAUAUGGAAGAGCAAGAAUGGGAAAACUCUUCAGAAGAGAGUGAGUUACUAAAGAUUGCCGAGUCAAGUGAGGAUACUUCAUCAUCAGAAGACUCUGAGGAAAUGUUGAUAGGCUCUGACCAUCAGGAAAGUCAAGUGCUCGACGAACGUGUAGACGAGACGGUAUCAGAUAAUCCUGAAUCAUCUUCACAAACAUCAGAAAGUGAAGAAGCAGAUCCAAGGACAUUUUACAUCCAUGCAGCAAAAUAUAUUAGUAAGCACCUUGUAAGAGCUGCACUAAAAGCAGGUUCCAGAGAUAACAUUACUGUUUUGGUUGCACUCUUAAAUGGAUGUGAUAAGAUACCCACUUAUGUUUAGCAUGUAUAUUAUACUUGUGAGGGUAGUCAGUAUGAAGGGAAAUUAUAGUGAUGUAGCUCCAAGUCAACCCAUUUUAUGACAGCAGAAGUCAUGCCAUAAUAAAUACUCCAAAACUGAA